AAAAUAUCUGAAUAUUCCCAAACGCAAUUCCCAUUUUGCAUCCACCCGGAACGUUGUGUUAGCUACUGUAAAACUACUGUAAAAACCAAAAAUCUCGUAAGAAUCUGCUGACUGCCUCUGUUUCUGCUGUUACAAUAGAGGGAGCGCUGUGCUUCCCUUCUAAAGGGUUGAGACAGAAAAUGAACUCAUGGCGCGAAUCCGAGUGCCAGGCAUCCGAAAAUCCGGAUGAAGCUGUCCUGGAUAAAUCAUACACACGGUCAGCUCAGCAAUUAUCUGCCGUUGCUCACACUGAUUAUAACAAUCGACGCACUGGAAAAUGCAUUCUCCGUACAGAGGACGGCAAACUUAUGAAUGAUUGCACAAGCUCAAACACUACGCUGUUGCUGAAGGAAUCGUGCUCUGGCUUUCACGAUCGGGGCUACAUUGAAAAGAUAGAGGAGUUUCAGUUUUACAUUGACACGGUGAAGAAAAUUGCUAAACCGGGUUGUUCACCAGAAAUGCUGGAGGUUGCUUUGAACUCAGUGUCCUCCCUCGUCAAGACACUCUCUAUGAUGUCUUACAGACAGUACAUGCACGCCUCACUUUGAAAGAAAGAAAAACCUUAAUUCGCAUCAUCAUGCAGGCCUUGCGAGAAAAGAAAUUCUGUAAAAUUUGUAAGGGAUAAUUAUAUUUGCAUCCCCUCAGUUAUGAUCAAAUUAUAGAAGUUCCCUAAUUGUUUAAAUAAUUAUAUUGGUAACCUCUGUCGGUGAUGUAUUUUGUUUAACAUCCCCUGGUGGCCAAAAAGAAUCCUCUAUUGUCUGUC